UUUACUAAAAAUAGUAAUAAUGCUUAUUCUUAUUUUUAGCUUUAAAAUGCUACUGCAAUACUUGCCCCGAACAAAAUUUUACUUGUGAAACAGAUGGACUCUGUUUUCUUUCCACAUCAAAGGCCGAGAACGGAGAAAUUACUCGUACAUAUCGCUGUUUGAAUACUAGCAAAAAUUUUCCUCCAGAAAAUCCGUUGGUUUGUUAUACUUCUGCCAGUUGUUGCGGAAAUUAUAAUUUUUGUAAUAGGGAUCUUCAGUCAGCUUUUCCUUAUGAACAAGAUGAACAAAGUAAAGAUACAUCUACCUUGGGUCCAGUUGAAUUAGUUAUAUUGAUUGGAGGACCUAUCUGUGUGUUUUUUAUCGCUUUUAUGAUCGGCAUUUCGAUAUGGCAUCAAAAACAGAGAUUAAGAAGAUACAGAUCUGAAGUUGAAGCGACAAUUGAAUGCGGUGAUCAGCCUUACGGACAGACGUUAAAAGAUUUGAUGGAAAUAACCACUUCUGGUUCUGGUUCAGGUCUUCCUUUACUCGUUCAACGAAGCAUUGCUCGUCAAAUUCAAUUGAUAGAUGUGAUAGGCAAAGGGAGAUUUGGAGAAGUAUGGAAAGGGCACUGGAGAGGUGAAACCGUGGCUGUAAAAAUAUUUUUUUCAAGAGACGAGAGAUCGUGGUUUCGAGAAGUGGAAAUAUAUCAAACUGUGAUGUUAAGACACGAUAAUAUUCUUGGUUUUGUGGCAGCUGAUAAUAAAGGUUUGUAAAAAAAUUUAUUUAUGUAAGAUAAACAUCUAAAAGUAACAUUAGAAUAAUUCCACAGACAUUUUUAUGUACCAUAAUGUUUUAUAAUGUCAUUAAUAUUGAUUUUA